AUAAGUACGUAUCUUAUUAGGCUAUUAAACAAAGAAACGAAAAGGUGAAGUUGUCCUAUUUGAAAUUGAUGAGACAAACACCAACACAAAUAACACACACAAUCUCAACCCUAUGUUCAUUGUCUCCUCGACUACACCACCACUCCUCUAUUUUUUUACCGUUUUUCUCUCUCUAACUUCCAUUGUUUCAUCUUUUACUGCAGCUGCUUCUUCUUCUGCAACUUGUAAUCCCUAAAUUUAAUCAUUUCCAUUUUUUUGUUUUCUUCUAAUCUCCUAUUUUUCUCUCCUUAAAUUACUGGUUCUUUGUAGCUUCCCCAUUCUUCGAUUUCCUUCCCUUUUUUGUCCUGUUUUCUUCCCAUCAAUUCCAUCAGUUUAUUUUUUUUCCCAGGAAUUCUCAACCCAUAAAAAAAAACCCAUUUUUUUGAAUUUCAAAUUUUCUAAUUAAAGCCCCUUAUCUUCUUUUCCCUUUAUUUUUUUUAAUACCCCUUUUCAUCUUCUUCCUUCCCGCUUUUUAUUCUCUUCCCUUUUUCUCAACUGUCAAAUUUUACUCCCCUGAGUUAGUAUUUUUCCUCUGUUUUUGUUUUAUUUACAAAGUAUUUAUUUAAUUUUUCUUAAUAUUAAUUCCAAUUACUAAUUUUAAUAUAUUUAUAUUUUGGCAUUUUCUGACAGAUAUAAUGAUACAAGGAGAGAGUUGACUGACUGAUUGGUUGGUUGAGGGAAUUCAUAAAAUAUUUGGAGUACAUUCAUCUGUGUUAAGUGAACAGAGGCAUUUUUUUUUUUGUGUUUAGUCAUUUCAAUGAUUUGAUUUACUACUGUACUCGUUUCCUCCAAAUUAGUCGCAUCACUUUCUUUUAAAUAUAAACGUAAACCGAAAUUAACAUAGAGCGUUUUAUCUUAACAACAUAAAUUUAGGAGAGAGAAAACAAUAAUAGGCGUUGGGCUCUAAGCUUAUGUCAUUUUCUAUGCAAAUAUUGAUAUAAACAUAACAAUGUGCCUUUUUCAAUGUUAUUACAGACUUUCAUGAUGCUCUGUGUUUUCCUUCAUUGAAGCUUCUGUUCUUGUGAAACCAACAUUACAUUAUACGGAGUACUCAUUUACUGCAACAUUACACAAAAUUGUUGAGAAAUUUAUUUAUUUCCUUACUAAAUUUGGAAAUAAAAACUAAUUGAACAUUUUGUGGGCUAAAAUUGGUGACUGUUACAAAAUAGUGUACUAAAUUGGAGGGUUUUGAAGGAAAUCAAAAUUUGUGGGUACCCAUUUGGAUUAUUUAGCAUAAUUAUUAAGGGGUUGUUUCAUAAUUGUGAUAAUUGUAGUGAAGAAGGAAGAAAAGGAAAUUGGGUUUUUGUGGGGUUUAUUUUUGAGGAGAGAGAAAAUGAGUGGGCAACAGCAGAAAAGAGAGAAGAAUGAAAAGAUUUCAUCAUCAUCAUCAUCUGAAGGUGUUGAGAAAGUUUUGGUUGCUGUAAAAGCUUCAAAGGAAAUUCCAAAGGCAGCUCUUGUUUGGGCUUUGAGUCAUGUUGUUCAACCUAGUGAUUGUGUUACUCUCAUUGUCGUUGUUCCUCCUCCUAGUUCAGGUAGGAGAUUAUGGGUUUUCCCAAGAUUUGCUGGAGAUUGUGCGAGUGGUCAAAAGAAGUUGUUUGCCGGUACUAGUUCGGAGCAGAAAAUUGAGUUGACAGAUUCUUGUUCUCAGAUGAUUCUUCAGCUACAUGAUGUCUAUGAUCCUAAUAAGAAAAAUGUGAAUAUAAAGAUUGUGUCUGCCUCACCUCCGGGAGCUGUAGCUGCAGAAGCGAAGAAGGUUCAAGCGAAUUGGGUUGUAUUGGACAAACACCUCAAGCAAGAAGAAAAACGGUGUAUGGAUGAGCUCCACUGCAACAUUGUGGUCAUGAAACGAUCUCAGGCGAAAGUGCUUAGACUAAAUUUGGUCGGAUCACCAUCAACGGAGCUUCUUUUAUCUGGUCCAUCUGGUGACCAACUUGAUGAAGUUAGAGGGCCUGUUGUGACACCAAGCAGUAGCCCUGAGUUAUUUACUGCGACUGAAGCAGGUACAUCAUCUGUAUCGAGCUCUGAUCUUGGGACAUCACCUUUUGCCCCAUCUAUAAUGAGUGAAAAGUUGAAGAAGAGUGAUAUGGUGCUUAUAAAAGAAAGUAGAAAUCUUUUGUCCGACUCAGAUUCAGAGGAUGAAGACUCGUCUCCUUGCUCAACAAGUUCAGGAGUUAGGCCUUGGAUGGGCGAGUAUAUAAUUUCACAUUUACGGUCCUCUCAGAAGCCUGAAAAGAGGUCUUCUAUGAAGUCCUCACAGAAGUAUUCUGAAAUUGAUAGGGAUUCUGGUAUUGGAUCUCGAAGAUAUAAGCAUGAUCUAGACUAUAGUGGUAAUGUUAGAGAAGCUAUGUCUUUAUCAAGAAGUGCUCCUCUUGGACCUCCUCCGCUAUGUUCAAUUUGCCAACAUAAGGCACCGGUUUUUGGGAAGCCUCCAAGGUGGUUCAGCUAUGCUGAGCUUGAGCUUGCUACAAGCAGGUUUUCACAAUCAAAUUUCUUGGCUGAGGGAGGUUAUGGAUCAGUCCACAGAGGGAUACUACCUGAUGGUCAAGCUAUUGCCGUGAAGCAACAUAAAUUGGCGAGUUCACAGGGUGAUGUCGAGUUUUGUUCAGAAGUGGAAGUUUUGAGUUGUGCUCAACAUCGGAAUGUGGUUAUGCUUAUAGGCUAUUGUAUUGAAGACAAGAGGAGGUUACUUGUCUAUGAAUACAUAUGCAAUGGAUCCCUGGAUGCACAUUUAUAUGGACGGAGUCAGCCCCCUUUGGAAUGGUUUGCUCGGCAGAAAAUAGCUGUUGGAGCUGCUCGAGGAUUGCGCUACCUACAUGAAGAGUGCAGAGUAGGCUGUAUUGUUCAUCGUGACAUGCGUCCAAACAACAUUCUACUCACUCAUGAUUACGAACCAUUGGUGGGGGAUUUUGGCCUGGCGAGAUGGCAACCUGAUGGAGACACUGGAGUCGAAACAAGAGUGAUAGGCACAUUUGGGUAUUUAGCUCCAGAAUAUGCACAAAGUGGGCAAAUCACAGAAAAGGCUGAUGUCUAUUCCUUUGGUGUUGUACUCGUAGAGCUUCUUACAGGAAGAAAGGCUGUUGAUCUCACUCGACCUAAAGGCCAGCAGUGUCUUACUGAAUGGGCACGACCCCUCUUAGAAGAGAGUGCUAUUGAGGAUUUAAUUGACCCUCGUCUUGGUAACCGGUAUUUAGAACCAGAGGUUCUUUGCCUGAUGCAUGCUGCUUCCUUGUGCAUUCGGCAGGACCCUCAUUCCAGGCCUCGAAUGUCACAGGUCCUGCGCGUACUAGAGGGUGACAUGUUCAUGGAUUCCAGUGCUCUGUCUACUCCUAGACAUGAUGUAGGGAAUCGCAGCGGAAGAAUGCGGCAUUUGGAGUGCGAAUCAUAUAGUGGUCCAUUACGCAACGAGGAAACGGGAGUAUACACGGGUAGCUUAUCUCUUGAAUCACUAAGGACAGCUUUGUGGGAAAGGGAAAGGCUUAGGAUUUCAUCAGAUCACUAAGAAGUGAAAAUUGCUUUUGCAGGAGUUUUGGUGUAGGGUUUUCUUUUUGGGGUUAUUGAUCUAUAAUAUUUAUUCUUGUAUAUAUGGAGGUGAGGUUAAGGGUAUUGUAAUCCAUUUUGGGGAGUAGUUGUUAAUAUACAAGUAUGCAUUUUGUGUAAUCGUACUGUCACUUACAAGCAAGUGAUUACAAAUGAAAAUGCCACUUUUGAAAAUCUUUUGUUUUCGUGAAGAAUUAAUACAGUAGUUAAAUUAAUAGCAAAAGCGGUUUAGUAACAAAUUUUGUUUCUUGGAAUCGUGUUUGGACUACCAAA